UUUUGGGUUGGUUUUGGUAUAUUUACUAGCUUCUUGGGUCCAAUUUGUUGCUGGAAGUUCCGACGAUUUGCUGGAGUUUGUUGUUUUUGGUGUAAGUUGCUGUUUGAUGGUCUUCUUUCGGGGAAAUGAGUGGAAUUGAGUUCGUACUCAGUGGUUUCUGCUCUCUAGAUUCGGUUUUGAGUUGUUUGCUCAGUUUGACAUCGAUCUCGUGUGCCUUUUGUUUUUCACUUCUUGUUGUUCAUUCAGUUUUGCUCAUUCAGUUUUGCUCUUACCGUGUUACCGUGCCAUGCGUGGAGCUAUGUUUGCGCUGUGGCUGAUGCAAUUUUAUGUUUCGUGUGAUGGAGUGGUGUUAAAAGGUCGAAAUUUGGCUCAGAUUUUUCUGUUUGAUUUAACAUUUAGUAUGGAUUUAAUUAAAUCGUGCUGUCACCGUCGGCGAUGUGUUUGCCUCCAAUUGGUUCGGUGAUUUAGCUCUAACAAGGGAUGGCGGAGGUGCAGGGCAUGGAAUGUUGAGUCGAAGGGAUAAACUUUGGGACCUUUAUUUGUUUGAUAGUUUAUUUGGAUGCGCCAUUUUAGCUAUUCAGGAGACAAUGUUGUUGUUAAUAUGCUGCUUUGAGGAACUCCUUGAUUGAUUGUUGCGGUACUUUGUUGGAGACUUGUUUGAGGGGUGUUUGUUUGGUUCAUUUGACGCAAUAAGACGUGCUGUGGAUUGUAAAAUAGCAAAAUUGGAUGCCAGGAACUCCUCAUUGUGUGAGCUAUUUUGUUCCAGUUGGGUGGAUGGUUUCAUCUGGAUGUGACGGAUUCGGCAGUUUGGGUACUUUGAUGGGAGAAACAAUGAUUGCUUCAACUUUUGUUGGCUUUUGGGGCCUUUUUGGUUCGCUUAUUCUGUUUGAUUACUUUUGAUGAAUGUACAAAGAUAUUUGUUUCGCGGGUGCAAUUGGGUGGAAUAUUUCAGAUGGUGGUGUGCUGGUUAUUUUUGGGUCAUGAUAUAUGUUCCACUUAAUCUGGAUGAGUUUUGAUUGCAUUCUAACGUCUCAGAACGAAGGAUCAUAAUAGCAGUAGAGAGGCUAAGAGGCCAGAAAAAAUGCCACCCUCACCAAGGAGAUCUCCCGCACGGGAGACUUAUCACAAGAGGGCCAACAGUUUCGGGAGCGUGCUACCUGCGAAACCAAAGGAUGAUGAACUCUCUUUGUUCUCUGAUAUGCAGAAAGUUGAGAGGGAGAACUUCUUACUGGAACCAUCAGAGGAUUUUGACGAGUCAAUCGCAAAACUGAGCUAUUUCCCGGAAGUCAAGCUUGGUGUUAACAUUCCUGCACGUGGAGAAAGCCAUGAUUUGCUUAAUGUGGAUGGUGAUAAAAAUGAUUAUGAGUGGUUGUUAACUCCUCCAGAAACUCCACUUUUUCGUUCAUUGGAUGAUGCAGAAGACCAGUCUGUCGCUCAGAUUUCUAGGGGCAGAGCUCAGAGCAAGCCCAUACAAAUUUCGAGGUCAUCCAUGAUGGAUAAUACUCAAAGGUCUCGUAGAAGCAGUGCAAGCCCAAGUAGGCUUAGCCCGUCGCCACGCUCUAUGGCAAGGACAAGACCAUCUAGUUCAGCUUCUCGCUCUAGCCCACCACCUUCUCUUCAACCACCAACGACAUCACGGAGAUCUUCAACCCCUCCAGCUGCUAAGACAUUAACACCUCCACGAAGGUCUCCAAGUCCUGUCUCAAGAAGGAUGAGUACUGGUUCAAAUGGCCCAAUUUUGAAUGGAACAAGAGGAUCUUCACCAGUGAAAGCUAACCGCAGAUCUUCUUCUCCAAAACCUCAUGGAUGGCAAUCAAAUGUUCCAGGUUUCCCUUUUGAUGCACCUUCAAACCUUCGCACAUCUCUACCAGAUCGUCCAGUAUCCCGUUCAAGGGGUGGAUCCCCUUCAUCUUUCAGUGGAUUAGACAUGGGUUCAAGAGGUAGAAGACAAUCAAUGUCUCCCAAACCAUCUAGAAGAGCCAGUUCUUCUCACAGUAUUGAACGGGAUCGUAUGAGCUCGUACAGCAAAGCUUCAGCAACAUCAUCUGGUGAAGAUGAUCUGGACUCUAUGCAGUCUAUACCAAUUAGCUACUCCAGUAGCCCAGCUGUAAAAAAGAGCUUGGCCGUGAUGAAGACCAGAGCUAUUGCAGCAUCAAAGAAUCUGUCCAAAAAUUUCUCCCCUAGUUCUGUCCCAAAGCGGUCAUUUGACUCUGCAGUUUGGUUGAUGGAUCAUCGCAAAGCUCCUCAAGAUAGGUUCCGACCACUUCUAUCAGGUGUCCCUGCCACCACAUUUGGCGCUGGCAAAGGAAAUAAUGUGCACAAGCCUAUGUUCUCACACAAUUCCCCUUUGACAACCAGCAGCAAUGCAAGCUCUGACCAUGGUGCCACUUCCGGCUCUUAUAUGAAUGGCAACCAAGAGCAACAUGAUUUGGUUGGUGAAUGGGAGGCAGAUGAUAGCUGUCGAGGCCAUGAGGACAUAUUUAUGUUUGAUAAAUUGGAUGAGCUGACUGAAGAAAGCAUCCAUGAGAACAGCACAAAGUAUACAGAUAACUCCCCCAUCACAAUAAAAUAUCUAGAAAGUGACAUACAGGACUUUGACAUGGAAGGAAGUGGAACACCUAAUCAGUCUUUAUGCCAUGCUGCAAAUAGUUUUCAGGUUGGCUACGGUAAAAUUGCAACUUGCACGAGAUGUGGAAAGUCUUUCAAUGUGAUGAAUGUGGAUGAAGGUGACUUUUGUGAUGAAUGUGCAACAAAGGUUGGGAAUAUAUUUGCUCAUCCUAUAAUUAUGGAUGAAGCGGACCAUCUGGAUGAUAAAACUGCAAAUUUUAAACCUUACGUUGCAUCUGAUCCUUCUAUGGCCCCAGAUUGUGUAGGAUAUAGUAAAGAAGUAUCUCUUGAUCAUCAACUAGUGAACAAUGAACCUUACACUGAUUGCCUGGACAAGUGCCCUCCAGUUCACUCAAUGGCUGACGCAGCAGAAGAAAUGCUACUGAGACAGGAGGGAAAUAAUCAUGCAGAAGAUAUGAAUCCACAUGUUGAAGACUCAUCACUAGGAAAUAGCAACCAUAUUUUAUUUCCUCAAUCUAGUGCAAUUGACUGCCAACAAACAGAACCAACAUCUGUGGAGCACAACCUUUUCAGAGAUCAAAUGAACCAUGACAAUCAUGGAUUGUCCCAAUGUAAUGAACCUGUCUCUGAAACUGUGACCAGUGAUAAUUCUCAUCAACUGGGAUCAACUACAUAUGCAAGCCCUAAGCUUGAAAAUACUGAGGGCACUGGGAUAUCAAUACUGUUACUCCAGAAGUCAAACAGUAACAAAUGGCCUGUCUUAGGAGGGAGGGACCUCGCUGCUACAAAUAUGCUUUGUUCAGAACCCUAUUAUGCAAGAGAUGGUGUCAAUAUAAUGAGGCGUAGUUUUGGACGGGACAGCUCUUCAGCUGCUUCGUCUAGUGAUCUUGGGUCUUCAAGGCAAUCAGUCAUAUGUUUUGAGCGCCUUAGGAGCAGUAAGAGGGGUGACUUUGAGAAGUCUCAGAUAAGCAGUACUAUUAGUCGUCAAAGCAUUGCUUCUGUGUCAGAUAUGUCAAUUAGUAGUUCUUCAGCUUCACUUUGCCCUCAGAGUGAUGCAAUAGGAGAUACAUGUUUCCCAAUUGACACUUUGGAAAGCAGUGGUUCAAGAACAGUGAUCUCUACCGAAGAACAUGGUAGUUCUUGUAAGGAUGCUUUGUCAAGUGCUAUGGAAUGUUUUUCUUCUGCACAGGCUAAUGUCAAUGAUGACAGCCUUGUUGACUUGAAGACCUCAAGCUUUGAAAGCAAGGUAGAAGGAGAUGCGUCAAUUGAUAAUCAUAGUACUGGCAGGAUGGCUGAUGAUGAUCAUUUCAGUACAAAUAUGUGUUUGUCAGAUACCGAAAUGCCAAGUGAUAUCCGAAAGUCUUCAACACCAGAGGAAAGCUGCAUACCAAAAACUGAAGAGGAUACUUCUUCCAUCAGUCAGUGCUAUACAAGUGGUGCUCCAGAACAUCCAAGUGACGAGAACAACUUUGAUAAUAUUAAAAUGCAGUCCGAAGCAGUUCAGGGUUCAAAUGAUGAUAACAGAUUGGAUGACUGUUGCAUGGCUGCCAUUUCUGAGGAGGAUGUGUUGGUUUCUGGGCAAGAAACUAACAUAAUGAAACUUCCUGAUGAUGUAGAAUCUCCUGUGGCAGUAGAAGGAUCAAGGAAACAAAUCCAGAGAUGCUUCACAUUAGAAGAAGCUACUGAUACAAUUCUCUUCUGUAGUUCUAUUGUUCACGACCUUGCAUACAGGGCAGCAACAAUUGCCCUGGAGAAUGAGCAGGAAUCAAAAUGUGUUGAGUUUAUUCGCCCAACUGUUACCAUAGUUGAAAAAUCUAUUCCGAAGGAGGAUGGUUUACCAAAGCUGCCGCACAGACGAGCAUCAAAUCGUAAGGUUAAAAGGAAAAGAUUGGAAGGUGAAACAACUGUAUCAGAAACUGAGAAAGAUUCUAUCGCUAAAGAUUCCUCACCUGUACGUUCCGCUUCCGGCAUUACAAGGAAUUCUGAUAAUAUGAAGCCUCCAAAGCUGGAGUCCAAGUGCAACUGUAUAAUUAUGUAACUAACUCAGCCAUCCAAUGUGCGAAGGAGAUUUGGGAUGUUGGUUGGAAUCCAUGUACGCUUCCGGCAUUACAAGGAAUUCUGAUAAUUUCGAAUGCAAGCUGGGUGCAGAGCUGAAGCAUGCCUACCCGCUGCACCCAUUAUCAUCAAUGGUGGAGUUCGACAUGGGUCUUCUGCUAGAUUAUUUCCUGAUGGUGCAUUUGCUGUGUUUUAGGUGACAGAAUGCACUGCGAGUUAUUCUUUUGUAAAUCCUUUUUCCGCCUCAUUCUGUUUGUGAAAUUUUCCACUUGUCAUGUGGUCCAUUGCGGUUUGUCCAAAGUGUGAAACUACUAGUAGCCUAUUUCUUGCAAUGCACGUGGCUUGUUGUGAAUCAUGAUGGUAAGCACCCCUGUAGCUCAGUUUCUGGCUUUCUGCCAUGCAUGUUAUCACUGUGGGUGUUUGUUCCA